AUGAAAUACCAGUCAUUUAUUGCCCUUAUUGUUUUGUUGAAUGUUUGCUUUAGCUACCUUAUAAAGAAGAACAAUGUUAUUAUAAAUAAUAAUGAUAAUUUUUAUAUUUGCAAUUUUUUAAAAGAUAAAAAAGGAAGAAGAAAAUAUAAUAAUAAUAACUAUAAUAAGAAAACUAUCAAUGAAAUAAAGAGUACCGUUAAUUCAGAAUGUGUAAAUCAAGAUGUUAUGAAAAAUGUUGAUGAAACUUAUGAGGGAAACAGAAAUUUAAUAGAAGAAGGGAAUGAUAAUAUAAUACAAAAAAAAUUCUUACAAGCAUCAAAAGAAGAUGAUUAUAAUUAUUUAUAUUUUUAUCAUAUAUAUAAAAAAAUGAAAUUAAUAAAAAGAGAAAAAUAUAUAUAUAACCCAACAAAAUAUGAAUCAGUACGGUCAUAUAUAAAAAGAGAAUUAAAAGAUUGUUUAGAUAUAAAUACAUCAGCUUAUAUUUUUAAACUUUCUGAAUUUUAUUCAAAAAAUGUAUUAGAAGUAUCAGUUUAUGUUAAUGAAAUAAUAAAUAUUCUUAGUUUUUUUACUUUUAAUAGUGAACAUAAUUUGAAAUAUAAUGAAAACGAGGAAAAUCAAAACACAACAAAUGACAUGUUACAAUAUAAUAAGAAAUAUGCUAGUGAUGACAUGGAUGAUGAGGUUACUCAUAGUACUGAUAAUAAUUCUUUGAAUCAUCAAAAUGAAGGAGACACAUCAGUAUAUGAUACUAUCAUAAAUAAAGAUGAUAAUAAUAAUAAUAAUAAUGAAGAUGAUUAUGAUGAUGAAAACUAUAAUUCUUAUGUGAGUGAUAAUAUAGAAGACCAUCAUAUACAUACACACGACAAUAAAGAUCAUUCAAAUAUUUACCCAGAUAAUAAAAUAUUGUUACAAGACGAUAAGAAAGAUUGUUCAAAUGCAAACGAUAUUUAUGAUCAGAAAAAAAUAAAUAGUAUAAUUGAAAAGACAAAAGAACAAUAUAAUUCCAAUGAACACAAUUUAAAUGAUGAUGAUAAUAUUUUUAAAAAAUAUAAUGAAAAUCAAUCGAAAAUGAAAUUUAGUAAAUUAAUUAAUAAAGAUGAAAAAUAUAAAUCAUUCUGCUUUUAUUUUAUUCGACUCGUUGAUUCAAUAAGUGGACUUUUUUGUACUAUUGCAAAAAGAAAGAAACGUGAAGAAAUUUUGAACUAUUUAAAAAAUUUAAAAAUUAUGCAAAAUAUUAAAAAUUAUAAUAUUAAUAAUUUACAUUUUGAUACUGAUUUUAUGAUUUAUAUUAUCAGAUUAACAAAAUAUAAAGAUAUGAAUUUUCUUUGCUCCUUAAAAAAAUUAAAAGAAUAUACAACUGAAGAUAUAAAAAAAAUAUUCCUUAAUUGCUUAUAUGAUAAUUUACUGGAUCUAUCUUAUCUAAAAAAUCUACAAGACGAUUUUAUCAAAAGAGAAAAUGAAAAAAAAAAAAAAAAAAACGCCUUAACAAGUCAGGUAUUUUCCAAUUCUGUUCAUACCAUUAAUAAAAAUGGAACAGAUGAUAAUACACUUGUUACUGCAAAUAUUAAAUAUGAAAGUUUAAGAAAAAUAGAAGAACAAUAUAAUGAUUUAUUAAAAGAGUAUUCCCAAGAAAAAAUUAUUAAAAGUAAUGAAAUCUAUUGUAAUGAAAAUGAUUUGAAAAAUAUUAUAAUACAAAUUUUAAAUAAAGAUGUUUUUAAAAAUAAGAAAAAAAUAUUAAAUAAUAUGAACAAUGGUACUAAUAAAAUGUUGGCUAGUCAAAGUGGGAAUAAUAAAAAAAAAAAAAAAAAAAUAGCUACAAAUACAAACAUGAAUAAUAUUUCUCUAAUUGAUAUAUUUGAAAUAAAAGAGGAAAAAUUAUAUGACAUUUUGAAAAAUUAUCCACAUAUAGAAAUAAAUAACAACAACAACAAUAAUAAUAAUAAUAAUAUCAAUACGCUAAUAAAAAAAAUGAAUAAAUUACUUGAAUCAUACAGUAUUAAUAUAAAUAUUCAUUUGGUCAAAAAUGACAAAACGUGUGUGGAGGAACAUAGCACUCUUCCAUGUUCAAAUGAAAAUAAAAAAGAAGAACAAAACCAAAUAAGUGAUGAAAAUAAAAUAAAUGAAAAAAACAAAAACAUUGAAAAGAAUGAAGAAUCUAAGAACACUGUACCUUGUAAUGUAAAGGAUGUAAAUUUUAGUAAUGUUUCCUUGUCAGAUAUUAAAAAAUAUAUAUCUUACAAAAGGAGUAUAGAAGAACAAUUUAGAGAUUAUCAAGUUGAUGAAUUAAAAUUAAAUGAAAUAAAAGAACAAAAACAAAAUGAAAAUUUUGAAAGUGAAACAAUAAAUGUAAAAUUAAAUAAAAUGAAUAACAACAAAUUAGAGAACAACGUGGAGUUAAAAAAUGAAAACAUAAAUACUCAAAGUGAAAAUUAUAAUAAGACUAAUGAAAAAGAUGAAGGAGAUGUAUUUAAAUAUUUUGAUAUUACAGAAAAACAAAAUUAUAUAACUUUUGAAUUUAAUAAUUAUAUAUUAGAAGACCAGGCAUCAUUAAAUGAAAAAUAUAAUCAGCAACUAACAGAGGAUGGGAAUAAAAGUGACAUGCCCAGUUAUUGUUAUGAACAAAAUCAAAAAUUCACAGAUGAACAAAUGGAAGAAAUUUUGAAAAAAAAUUUUCCAGAAAAUAUUAAGGAUGUAGAAGAUAACAAUAUGGAAGUGCAAAAUGGUAUAUCGGGUGGUGAGAAUGGCAUGUCAAAUGAUGAGAUGGAUGUAUUAGAUGAUGAGACGGAGGAAUUAAAUGACGAGACGGAGGAAUUAAAUGAUGAGACGGAGGAAUUAAAUGAUGAGAUGGAGGAAUUAAAUGAUGAGACGGAGGAAUUAAAUGACGAGACGGAUAUAUUACAUGAUGAUACGGAUAUAUUACAUGAUGAAAAUUAUAUGUUAGAUGACAAAAAUGAUGACAUUAAUUUAGAAGACGACCUUAUAGAUGACGAUUUUUCAGGUGAGAACAUUUCAGAAGACAACGCCCGUAGAAGAAAAAAAGAAAAACGAAAAGAAAAAAUUAAAGAAAACAAGGAAAUAGAAAAAUUAAAAUUGUGGUUCGAUAAUAUAGAUAAUAAAAAGUAUAAAUACAAUUUCGAAAAUCUUUAUUAUAAGACAUUAGAGGAAAAAAUGGAGAUAUUAUUAUAUAUUUUAAAAAAUGAGAAGACAAAAAAAAAAGUAAUUGUAUGCUCUGAUGAGGAAGAAAAGAAAUUAAUAAAAAUGAAAUGUCAAAUUGAAAAUGUGGAAUAUGAUAAUAUGUUAAAUACAUUAAAGAAUAUUAAACAUUUUAUAAACAAAGAAAAUAAUUAUCAUAAAGCAUGUUUUAUUUUUAUGAAAGAAAUUGAAAAUACUUUAGAGUUAAGAAAAAUAUGUACAAAUUUGUCAGAACAAGAUGAUAUGAAUGAUAAGAAUGAUAAGGAUCAUAAGAAUGAUAAGGAUCAUAAGAAUGAUAAGGAUCAUAAGAAUAAUAAGAAUGAGAAAAAUAUUAUGAAUCGUGAUGAUAUGACCUUUUAUCAUUUUGCUGAAAAUAUACCUAAGUCUAUUGUAUACAAAAAACUUUUUUAUUCGAUUACAAAUAAUGAAGACAGUUAUUUAUUUUAUUUAAAGUCUAAAAAUAAAAAUGAUAAAAAGGAAGAUGAUAGAAGAAAAGAAGUAAAAGGUAAUACAAAAUAUGCUAAAUCUAAUGGUAGCAAUAAUAAUAUAUUUGUACCUUAUAAUAAAAGAAUAAAGAAAAGAAAAUUAUCAAAAAAUGAAGAGAAAUGGUUAGAUUUUAGAAGAAGGACGUUAAAAAAAAUUGAAGAAAUGAAAAAAAAAGCUGAAUUAUUGAAAAAGAAAAAAGCACAAAAAAGGGAUAACAAAAUAAAAAAAAUUGUUGCAAAGUUGAAAGCCAAAAACAAAAAAAUAUUAAAAAGGCAAAAAUAA